AAGCGCGAGAUAAACAACAUUGAUGAGAGCACAAUGUUGUGAGGAGAGCACGCUGUGAGGGUUUGCUAUCUGUCAAAAGUACGCACAGCAGAAAGCGAUUGCGGCAUGGUCAAGUGUAACAGUAGUUUCGUUGUUAUCCAAAACGUAUGGUGUACUUCAGUGAUUCUAUCUAUUAAUCAGCGGUGUGAACAUGAAUCAAAGGGAGACACUAUUGAACAUAGAUGAAGAUAGCCGGAGAGAGAAACGCAGAGAGCGUGCUGAGCUGCAAAAAGAACUAUACAAAGCGCUCUCCGGUGUGGUUCUGCUAGACUGGCAACCUGCGGAGCCAACGAAUGAGAAGUUGCGUGAGUUGGAGGAGCUGUUAAAUGAUCCACGAUGGAUCCGCCUUCAAGAUCUGGUGGAAGAGAUGAAGUUCUGGGAUGCAGCGACAACGAUUCCGAAGAUGAAGUCGUUUCUGUAUAAUGCGCGGCAGCAAGAUGUGAUUGGAAAGCUUCUAGACAACACGUUCACCAGCUUUCCAUAUCUUAAGCUUAUCAUAGUGCACUUUCAGGCUGACAACGAGCGCAUCGAGCCGAACCUCAAUGCUCCCAUCCACUAUGCUGUUAGACAACUGAAUGACGAAUUCUUGAACUGGUUGCUGAAUGAUCGCCAAAACAGAACGGAAGUGAAUGUACGCAACAAUCAAAAGGAAACAGCGCUGGGCAUUCUCUGCGCGUUGUACGACGAGUGCAUGAAACAGGCCAAUCAACAGAACCGUUCAACGAUAAACACGUUAGGCCAGAUAAGACAUCAGAUCGGGAAGUUGCUGGCGGCUGGAGCUGACUUUAACAUCUGUAGCAUGCAACUAAAGUUACCGUUCGAGUUCCUACUAAAGCACUACCAAAUCGAUGACUCUACAGGAAGGUUCGUAGAUCGUUGCGUGCAAGACGCCGGCCAAGCGAUCGCGAUUGGUCACAUCAAUAAGCGUGUCGUAGAGUUUCACAACAAAGAUUCUCCGCUGAAGGUGACGGAGGAGCUGCUUGAAAUAUGUUUGCGCUAUAAUGACCAGCAGAGCUUCCUGCACUACUUAAGCAGCUUUGCAGUAACGAAUCAGAAUGUAAAGAAGAUGAUUCAGGUGGUACUGCAUACCGCCGUCGAGCAAAAGCAGAGCGAAUGUGUGCGCAAGAUCGUCGAACUCUUCGGUGCCCUGAUAUUUCAGGUCGUUAUUCGACCGAUGGGCCGCGAUGCGAAACGUAUAAAGCUGCAGAAGUCCUCGGAGUUGGUACAUCGAGUGGAGUUAAAAGGACUUUUGAAAAAGGCCUGCUUGAUGGCGGAUGUUUUGAUUGUUCAGUUACUCACGAGCCGAAUGACUGAUUUGCUGGUGCUAAAUGACGAUCCACUACUAGCCUUAACGCUGACCAAAGCAUACGAUGCUAAACGCCGCCCAGAGGACAGGGAAUCGCUAUUGACUGUGGCGGGUUAUCUAGCUACCCAACAGAACAUCUAUAUGUCCAAACCGGACAAUUCGGGUAACACGCCCCUACACCUUGCGCUAAAAUAUGGUUUCAACGAGAUCGCGACCACGUUAUUGAAACAACGUUACGCUUACAUUGGUUUGCGUAAUCGAGACAACCUGACACCAUUAGACUACGGUGGGUAUGGGUUCUGGAAGGCUUAUCUUGAUGGCUGCAUUGAAGUAGACAGUGAACGAUCCGCCCAAGAUAGAAACGUACUUCGAUUUAACCUAAACUGUUUGGAACCUUACAAGCCAUGUAAGAAACCUGGUUCCGGAGCCCUAGCAGCAGCAUCGGCAAAAACCGCAUCUGCCCCCGCAUUGGCAGGUCAGCAAAAAGAAAGAGGGUUCCACGUUAUUCAGGAAGCUUCAAAAGUAAAACAACAGCCGCAUAAGUACGCCCGGGUCCAAACCGAAAUGACUGUUGUACGGCAGAUAGCGGAAUCGAAGGAGCUGAAACGGUUAUUGAUUCACCCCAUUAUCUACACGUUCAUUAUGGUCAAGUGGAUACGGUUGAGUCACUGGACGUACCUGAACUUGAUGCUCACUAUCGCCACGAUGCUGGUUUUCGGAUGGCACUCGCUAGAUGCUUGCUCCCUCGAUGCCAGCGCUGCUCUACCGCUAAAGAUCUGUGCAGCCCUUGGCACGUUAUUCAUCGUUUUUCGUGAAGCCCUGCAGCUCUUGGUUUUGAGAAAGUCAUACAUCACUUUCGAGAAUGCGAUGGACAUUGGGAACAUAAUUGCAAUGAUCGUGUUGCUAUCCCAAGGCUGCAAUGGACUUCUGUCUUCCUUUUUGAUGAUCAGCUUCGCGAUGCAGCUCACAUUCCUUCUCGGCUCGCUACCCUUCAACACCCUCUCGACCAUUAUGUACAUGUUCAAGACGGUAUCGCAAAACUUUCUCAAGAGCUUCCUGCUCUUCCUGCCACUAAUUGGUUCGUUUAUCUUCGCGUUCUACCUCACGUAUAACGAUACACUGGAUGAGACAGGUGUAUCAAUGUCAGCAAACGGCGACAACACCAUCGACACGUCUUCCACCGAAGACAACUUCAACAACUUCCGCACAUUCUGGAACGCCACCAUAAAGACACUGGUCAUGACGACUGGUGAAUUCGAGGCUGCUGCUAUCGAUUUUAGUGGUGGUAAACUGCUGUUGUUCAUGGUAUUCCUCUUCUUCGCUCCCAUUGUUAUACUUAACCUGAUCAACGGUCUCGCCGUGAGCGAUAUUGCAGCGAUCCGUGAGGAGUCGGAGUUGAUUAGUAUCAGCAAAAAGGUGAUGUUGUUGGAACGGUACGAGCGAGGCGUAGCCAACGUACCGCUUGGUUGGAUGAAGCGUAAAUUUCCCGAACCUUUCUUUGAGUGCCACAACUGUUGGAUACACAUUCGGACUGAUCAGUUCCGCAAGAUUUUCAUUCAUGUACUUAAUCCACCUGUCACACCAUCGACAGCCGCGCCAUUGGCCGAACAAAACCCGAGACCGAAAAAGGAAAAACCCACACCAUUCUCUCUGUCCUCAUGUUCCUUGCUGUGGCGUAACGGUACUGACAAGCUAAUCAACUUGCGGCUCUUUAAGUUAACAUCCUUCCUAACCCUUGACAGUGCCAUUGCGAACGAAGCGCUGGCAGUGAUCGAGAGAAAGCUGCUGAGCACCAAGCAGCCGGCGGUUGUGGAGGUCAUGGUGGCCAGUUCGAAACAACCGAUAGUUACCAGUGGCAAUGCCGCCAAUGGUAUUGCUCGUACAAAACACCUCGUCGAUUUGGCAGCAUUACAGGACGAGGUUCGUGAUCUACGAAUGAUGAUGGAUCGGUGGCGCCUAGAGCUGCAAGGAACGCUCAAAGAAAAGCUUGCCGGUCGGAAACAACAGAAGACAAAACAAAAGAAACGAGCACGACAGAAGUUUUCGGAGCUAGCCAGAGAUUUCUAGGAGCAGGCGAACGAUUGGCUGCGAGUGGUGAUGUCACGAAGCGGCAUAAUAACAACGGUGACAAUGGUUAUGUCAAUGAUGAUUUUAAUAGCGAGAAUAAAUUGUGAAACAUCACAAGUAAUUAAUUGAUU